GAUCCUUUGUGCUGUGCAAGAAACGGCGGCAGAAAGGUGCGGAAGAAGAAGAAAUGGAGAACGUGGAAUUCGAGGCUUCGGAGAUUGAAUACGUUAGCUAUGGCGGCGAGCAUCACCUUCCUCUGAUAAUGAACCUGGUGGAUCAAGAGCUCAGCGAACCUUACUCCAUCUUCACGUACCGUUACUUCGUCUAUCUAUGGCCUCAGCUUUCUUUCCUGGCGUUCCACAAGGGUAAAUGCGUGGGCACGGUGGUAUGUAAGAUGGGGGAACACCGCAACACUUUCAGAGGCUACAUUGCCAUGCUGGUUGUCAUCAAACCUUAUAGAGGAAGAGGCAUUGCUACAGAGCUUGUUACUAGGUCUAUCAAGGUGAUGAUGGAAUCAGGUUGUGAAGAGGUUACAUUGGAAGCGGAAGUGACAAAUAAAGGAGCACUGGCACUGUAUGGUCGCCUUGGCUUUAUCAGAGCUAAACGGCUCUUUCACUAUUAUUUGAAUGGUGUUGAUGCUUUCCGUUUGAAACUUUUAUUUCCCCGCUCAGAGUUGCACCCAUCUCUUCCUUUGAUGGCAGAUAAAUAUGAGAGCCACAUGCAAAGUGACCAAGGUGAUACACCAUUUAAAUAAUUAUUUUGUUCUGUAUUUGAGGAAACAGUUUGGGAAUAUAUUUGUAAAAUUAACCAUGCAUAUAAAUUCUAGUAUAAUUUUUUUUGUUGUUGUAUAACUCCUUCAUUUGAAAUGACUAUAUAGGAAAAACAUCAUGUACUUUGA